ACAAUAAAACAAUCACUCACAAAAACCAUGGGGGAAAACAGAGGGUUAAAUAAUGAACAUGUAAUUGGGGAAUAGAAACCGUGACAGACAGGCUAGAAGGCCAACCGUAGAGUUACAACAGGACAAUGCAACUGUACGGUUAACUGAAGAAGCCUACUCUCGUUAACCCGUAAACAAAAAAAUUGACACGGUUUACGUGACUUCACUUAUAAAAAUCUAAUCGAAUUCUUAGAAAACGUCCUCGGUCACCUUCCCUCACUCUCAUUUUCCUAUUGACCACAAUUGGUUUCAGCUGUUUUUCCCCUUAUCAACCGUUUUCCGAUAACGUUUUUUUUUAAAUGGCUCAACAAGAGUAUAAGCUUCUCGGUGAGCAGUUGUUUACGUAUAAAGGCCAGGUGUUUCCCGUGGCUGACACGCAUGAAUUAACCACGGAAUAUAUCGACAGCUUGGAACACUUUGAGAUCAAGGACAGUGAUGUUUUCCUUGUCACUUUCCCCAAAUCAGGUACAGUAUGGACCCAGCGUAUCAUCACCCUGUUGUUUGAGGAUGACUUCCCAGAGGAGGCUAACCAGACCACCUUUGUGAGGAUGCCCUGGCUGGAGAUCCUGGAGAAGGGGAAGACCUACACUGAGAGACCCUCUCCACGCCUCUUCUGCUCCCAUCUACACCAGGAACUUAUGCCCAAGGGCCUGCAGAAGAUGAGG